UCUCGCGUCCUCGCCUCCGUGGCCGCCGCCUCUUCCUCCGCCUCCUCCUUCGCCUCUUCCUGCCUCCUCCCGGCUUCCGCCGCCGCCGCCGCUGCUCCAGCCGAGUCGCAACCCCGGAGCGAAGCGUCUCCUUAGUUAUUUACGUUUUUCUCGCCACUGCAGCCUCCAGACUCGGUGAUCCGGGCGGGCCCCGCAGCAAUUUUAUCCCCUCACCGGCCUCACACUAGUAUCGCAUGUCCACUAUCCAGAACCUCCAAUCUUUCGACCCCUUUGCUGAUGCAACUAAGGGUGACGACUUACUCCCGGCAGGGACUGAGGAUUACAUUCAUAUAAGAAUCCAGCAACGGAACGGCAGAAAGACACUGACUACUGUCCAGGGCAUUGCAGAUGAUUAUGACAAAAAGAAACUUGUGAAAGCUUUCAAAAAGAAAUUCGCCUGUAAUGGUACUGUGAUUGAGCAUCCCGAGUACGGAGAGGUUAUUCAGCUUCAAGGUGACCAAAGAAAAAACAUUUGCCAGUUUCUCCUGGAGGUUGGCAUUGUCAAGGAGGAACAGCUUAAGGUUCAUGGAUUCUAAAACGAACCCGAAGACGUGGAGAAUUUCUUGAAUGAUUUUGUCCUCUAAACCCGGUGUGGCUGCCUCGUGAAAUGACUCUCUGCACUAAACGGACUUUUCAUGUAUUUAGUCGUUCAAACUCCCCUUCACACCUGCAUGGUUGCAGAGAACAUGGGGUAUGUAGGCUGGUAACACACAAGAAAAUUGCAGUAAGAUGGUAACGAAACCCAGUAUUCAUCUUAACAUGUUUCCAAUGGAAAAUAUUUUGUUUUGAGUGUUUAUUUGUUUAUUGUUCAGCUUCUUUUUCACCUGAUUAAAUGCUUUUUUGUUGUAUUAAACCAUGUAUGUUGCAGCUUGCCAAUAAAGAAACAUCUCUGAA